GUCGGUGGUAUUAUAAUGGUAGGUGGGCCGGGUUCCAUAACUAGCAGACGACCGAGUCUAGCAGACGGCGCAUAGCUAGCGUCGUUCGCGGGCGCCUGAGUCAGCGUUUUAAAAUCGAAUAUUGUCGAACAUUGAAAGACACACUCCUCGUGGCCGACAAAGCUUUGGUGUACCGUAAAUUGUGUGGAAAUCAAUCAAAAUGGAUCCCGAAGCAUUCCUGGAUAUGGCCAAUCAGGUCAUUAAAUUGAAAAUGUUCCCGUACUUCGACAUCGCGCACAGCGUACUCUGUGCGCUACACGUCAGAGAGGAUUUAGGACCCGGUGCGCAAACAUUCUCCCGAAAACAUCCCUUGUCAUGUUGGCUAUCAACAAUGUUGGUAGUAUUUGCAAGUGGUAUGCUAUGCAAUGGACUCUUGGGGGAGCCAAUUAUCGCACCAUUGAAAAAUACACCAGAAAUUGGAGUUGCAACCGUUGUUUGGUAUGUGGUAUUUUAUACACCAUUUGAUAUUGGAUACAAAGUAGCCAAAUUUCUACCAGUAAAACUUGUAUGCGCAGUUCUGAAAGAAAUAUACAGGUGUAAAAAGGUAUACGAUGGAGUCAGUCAUGCAGGAAAACUUUACCCAAAUGCAUAUCUUAUCAUGAUCUUAAUUGGAACACUCAAGGGCAAUGGUGCAGGCUUUACAAAAUUGUUUGAACGCCUUAUACGUGGUAUAUGGACCCCAACUGCUAUGGAAUUCAUGCAACCUAGCUUCCCUACGAAAGCUUCAAUGGUUGCAUCAAUCAUUUUCGUCCUAGACAAAAAGACUGAUCUCAUUUCAGCACCUCAUGCAGUGGUUUACUUUGGUAUUGUUAUCUUCUUUGUGUAUUUCAAGCUGUCAUCCAUUUUACUGGGCAUCCAUGAUCCGUUUGUACCUUUCGAAAAUCUGUUCUGCGCGUUGUUCCUCGGAGGUAUUUGGGAUUCGUUAGCCAGAUUGCUGGGCCGAGGCCAAGCCAAAGACGAGAAAGCAGAUGCCAAGAAAAAGGACUAAACGUUUGUACAUUUUGUGCAUAAAGUUUCUAAAGAAAUUAAUUUUAAUAUUAGCAACGACUUGCUAAAGAAACAAUGAACGGAAACAAUUUGAAACUAGCCAUAUGAUACUCGCAUGUUAAAGCGUGACCACCGACAAAUCAUUAAAUAUCAGAAGUACAAUAAUUUAUUAUUAUAUAUAUUUUAAUAAGGAUGAGUGAUAUAUACAGCGGGGAGUGUGACUUCAAUUACUGAGAAAAUCAACAGUAUUAUGUCUGUUAACAACCAUUUGUCACUGAAGGUGUAAUUUAAUAGCACGCUGUUCAUAAUCAAUCUGACGAUUUUAUAAAAAUGAUUGUAAUUUUAAUAUUAAUUAUAUCGGAUAAUCGAAAAUGAUUGUUCUUAGAAACGAUAAGGUAUACGUAAUUUGAUUGCGUGAGCAUUAGAAAUAUGUCCCUUGUUGCCGAUUUUUUGAUAAUAUAUAUAUAUAUACCAGACAUGAAGUUAUAGCGAACGAAUUUAAAGUUAUCGAUACGACGAUUUUGACGUAUCAUACGCAAUCUUCCUUAUAAUGUAAAUGCAUGUCAAAAAUUAUUAAGAUUAAUUUGAAGUAUCUUAACUUUGGCAUGCAUCUAGUAGCGACAAGAAACUGAAUCGUUGUUCUAUCGUGCGGUAUCUACCAUGAAGGUACGAGCAAACAUACUCAGGUUAAUGAAGUUAUAUAGUUUCGAUGCAUAUUUCAGUGAUAAGAUUUCGAUUAUAAAAUAUUUGACAGAAAAUUUAAAAAUAUGUAAAAAUACACAACGAGGUAAUUUGCGCCUCUUUUAUACUAUUUUAUUACAAUAUCAAUGACUGGUAAAUACUUACACGUACAGGUAUCAAAAUAUUUGCCUUUGACUCAACGAUGUGAACAGAAUUUAUUAUGAAAAUUAAAUGAUUUAAUUUUCAUAUAAAUGUUCCACUGUCAGAACGUUGUACAUUUUCAUGUAAUAAAAUGAAGUUUGCUCUUCCAUUUUCGUAGUCCGAUACAUCAUCCUUGAGAGACUAGUCUUAAAAAGAAAACAUUUUAAUGCCAAAUAUAUUUAUGACCUACUCAUUAAUGUUUAAUUGCGAUAUUGAUGAAAAACUCAUUGAUGAUAUGUUCGAAGUUACAGUAGAAGAAAUCGAUAAAUCGAUUUCUCAAAAUAAUGUGCAAUGUAAUUUCCUGUAGUUUGUACAUGAAUAUAGUUCAAUACGUUUAUUAAACUGGAAAUAGACUAAAAGUAACAAGCGCAAAAACAAUUCUAGUCUAAUUAAUUA